CAUUCCCAAGGCAAAGCAAGGUGAGGAUGAGUUGUACGAACUUGAAGAAUUGCUCCCCGCUCCGCCUCCCCGCAUGGGUAAUACUGUCAACAAUUGCCCAACCAAUUCUUCACCUUCUUCCGUUCUCUAUCCCUUAGUUCUUCCCUCUCUCCUCUCGCUCCUCAAUCCAAUCACUUAUACCGAGAUCAGGGCUUUUCGGUUCUCAACUCGAAGUUGUUUGACCCUGGCGCCACAUACCAACCGCCCGCCCACUCUCUACACUUUCACUUCAUCUCGGGCCCUCGGCUCUGCAACCCAAAGAGUGACCUAGAGAAAGGAGUUUGGGUUUUGCAAAACUUUAAAAAGGAAAAGUGGGAAUAGGAAAUGGGCCGAAAAAUGGAAUGGGCAGGGCUGGCAAAUCACAUGGGAGGGAUUCCGAGAAAGCUGGUGUUCAUGGCAGUAGGUGCAUUUUCUAAGAUUGUAGCCACUCGUCUCAACUCCACCUCAGUCCACAAUGCCAACACCCUCAUUCAUCUUGUCCAAUCCCGACCAUCUGGAGUGCCAUUGCUCACUGUUAGCAAUCACAUGUCCACGUUGGAUGAUCCAGUUAUGUGGGGAUUCAAAGGUUUUCCCAUAUUCAAUGCAAAAUUGGCCCGAUGGGUGCUUGCAGCUGAGGACAUUUGCUUUAAGAAUACGGUGCUGUCCUAUUUCUUCCGACUUGGGAAAUGCAUACCUAUAACAAGGGGUGGUGGAAUUUAUCAAGAACACAUGAACGAAGCUCUUGAGCGCUUAAGUGAUGGAGCAUGGUUGCAUACAUUUCCAGAGGGAAAGGUGUCUCAAGAAGAAGCACCAAUAAGAAGAUUAAAAUGGGGAACUGCUAGUCUCAUUGUUCGCUCCCCCGUAACCCCAAUAGUUUUGCCAAUUUUCCAUAAUGGCUUUGAAAAGGUCAUGCCUGAGAAAUAUUUUUGUGGUAGAAGGCCUCCUUUUCCACUAUGUAAUAAGAAUGUUAACAUAAUUGUUGGUGAGCCAUUGGAAUUUGACCUCCCCAGAAUGAGGCAGACGGCUAUAUCGACAUCUCGUAAUUUGUCACUUCCUACUAUAGGGUGGCCGAGCAUUUCUCCUAAAGAAAUGGAUGAGGCAGCGCAGAGAUGUCUCUAUGCUACAAUUUCUGAACAAAUCCGAACUGCCAUGGAGAGCUUAAGGAUCUUCUCUAAAAGUUUUCAAGCCAAAGGUAGCUGGGGUUCCUGGAGUGACUGAAGUAUUGUUUCUAGCUAGAGAAUCCGCACUUGCUCAAGAGAAACGCCAGUCCAGGGAAACUCCAAUGCUCUACAGUUGUGGUCUUUGUGGGAAAGGGUAUAGAAGUUCA